UGCAAUUUUUGCAGCCCAUGAAAUCCCACCUUAAGACAUUAGGUUAGCUGUGCGCUUCCUUUUGGUGACUUGCGGUGCUAUUUAUUUGGCAACUCUGCGAUUAGACUGAUGGCGUCGUUGCAGCGAAAACUGGUGAAGUGGAAAACGCUAUAAUACAAACAAACAAAACGAUUUGUUGAAGUAUUUUGCUUCUACUGAUUACAUUGGCCAACCUGCUCUACCCUUACCAACAAUGGCCUCAGGACUUGAAAGUUACGUAAACCAUACUGUUUCAAUAAUAACUUCCGACGGUAGGAACUUUAUCGGUACAUUGAAAGGAUUUGAUCAGACAAUCAAUUUGAUUCUCGAUGAAUCACAUGAGCGUGUGUACAGCGUGACGCAAGGUGUCGAACAAGUUGUAUUAGGUCUUCAUAUUAUCAGAGGAGAUAACGUAGCAAUUGUUGGUGAGCUAGACGAUGAGAUGGAUGCAAGAAUUGAUCUUUCAGCGAUCCGAGCUGAACCACUUAGCUCUGUAGCGCAUUAAAAUAAAUUUAAAAAAAUUUUAAA